ACGUCAAGCUAUCAAGGAUGAAGUGAUGUGAAUUGUCCCUCGGUAUGAGUGUGAGCCACAAAAGCCAUUAAGGGCCACAAAAGCUGCCUCCUGCUCAGAAAGCAAAAGACGCUUGGAGGCUAAGAUCAAGGCGGCUCGGAAAGAUGUGAGUCAAUUGACGGAGGCCCAGAGAGGUGUGAUGAAAAGGCCGAUACCCGAGAGGUACAUCCAGAUGACCAUACCUGAAGCACUCGAAACUGCCAAACAAAGGCUCCAAGCCUUGUCCAGCCGCCUAAAGCGGUACACGAAAGAGAAUGAGGCCAGACGAAUAAACGGGCUGUUCGCAACACAACCUGCGAAAGUGUACACUCAGUGGCAGGGUCCUAACAACAGAGCUGACCCACCAAGACUGGAAACUGAAAGGUACUGGGAAGGCAUAUGGGAAAAGGAGGUUGCACAUAACAGCAGUGCACGAUGGCUGGUGACCCUGAGAGAGGAGCACAGCAACAUCCCUGAACAGAACCCAGUUACCAUAACAGUGGCAGACAUACAGGAAAGAAUCUCAGAUAUGAAGAACUGGACAGCACCAGGCCCGGACAUGGUCCACACCUACUGGCUAAAGAAACUCACAGCACUCCAUGAGUGCCUAGCAGCACUAAUGAACCAGCUGCUGAGGGAUGGGACUCACCCAGCAUGGCUAACCGAAGGGCGGACGAUCGUGAUCAUGAAGGAUCCCUCAAUGGGUGCAGUCCCAUCCAACUAUCGGCCAAUAACCUGUCUCUCCACAACAAGGAAGCUCAUCAUUGCGGCCAAGAUAAGUGGACACAUGGAUCAAUACACGAGCGAAGCACAGAAGGGCAUUGGUAGAGAUACGAGAGGAGCCAAACAUCAGCUCCUGGUUGACAGAACAGUCGCACAAGACUGCAGGUCCCGACGUACCAACCUGUGCACAGCCUGGAUUGAUUACCAAAAAGCCUAUGACUCAAUGCCACAUACAUGGAUCACUGAAUGCUUGGAGUUGUAUAAGGUGAACAGGAUCCUAAGAGCCUUUGUUGCGAACUCAAUGAGGAUGUGGAAAACCACACUUGAACCCAAUGGCAAGCCACUUACCCAAGUGUCCAUCAAAUGUGGCAUAUACCAAGGUGAUGCACUCUCCACACCACUGUUCCGCAUAGGACUGAACCCACUAAGCCAAAUAAUCACCAAGAACGCCUCAGAAAUGGAGCUACGAUCAGUCACCUCCUCUACAUGGAUGACAAAAAGCUGUAUGCUAAGAGCGAAAGGGACAUAGACUCCCUGAUCCACACAACCAGGAUCUACAGCAGCGACAUCGGGAUGUCAUUCGGGCUUGAGAAAUGUAGUCGGAUGGUGACUAAGAGAGUAAAGGUAGUCCACACUGAAGGGGUCUCACUCCCUGGAGGAACAAUAGCAAACAUUGAGGACAGCUCCAAGUACCUCGGUAUGCCACAAGCCAAUGGUAGCCAAAAGAAGGAGGCCGGGGACUAGUGAGUGUGAGCGCCACCCUCCAUGAUAAAACAUCCAAGCUCCAUGAAUACAUCAAGGAGAAGGCUCCAACGGAUGACGUACUCAGAGAAUGUCUCAGAAAAUGGGGAACAGAGGAUGAGGCACUGGAAGAGGGACUAUCAUGGGAGGACAAGCCCCUACACGGGAUGUACCACCGGACCAUAACUGAAGUGGCUGAUCUCAAGAAGUCCUAUCAGUGGCUAGAGAGGGCUGGCCUGAAGGACAUUACAGAGGCACUCAUCCUGGCUGCUCAGGAGCAGGCCCUGAGCACCAGAGCCUUUGAGGCCCAGAUAUACCACACCUGACAACACCCAAGGUGGAGGUUGUGCAAAGAGGCACCUGAGACGAUCCAAAACAUAACUGCAGGGUGUAAGAUGCUGGCAGGGAAAGCCUACAUGGAACGUCAUAACCAUGUGGCUGGCAUAGUCUACCGUGCGGAGUAUGGACUGGAAACCCCAAGGUCAAAAUGGGAAACACCUCCGAAGGUUGUGGAGAAUGACAGAGCGAAGAUCCAGUGGGACUUCCAGAUCCAGACUGACAAGAUGGUAAUAGCGAACCAACUAGAUGUCGUGAUCAUAGAUAAAGGGCAAAGGAAAGCCGUUGUGGUGGAUGUAGCGGUCCCAAGUGAUGGAAACAUCAGAAAGAAGGAACAUAAGAUGAUAAGAAAAGAUAUCCUUUAUUUGUCCCGCAAUGGGGAAAUUACAAUCAGAAUUCAGAAAGGAAAAACGCUGGGUCGGGAGAGGGAAAAAAAAAACAUGCUCAAACUAUCCUCUUCCGAGGAUAAUUUAAUUCCAGGAUAAAAAAAAAGACCCUAGCACAAGAAUAAGCAUAUGACAGUUACAACAAGUCACAAGACAAGGGGGGGAAGGAAGGGGUGACCACGACGCGGCCACCUGACCAGCUGCACGGCCACGUGCGCUCUGCAGGUCAAGCCACGUCACGGGGGAAAAAGAACCGGAGCGAUGAAGACGGUGAUAACAAGGAUGUGUAUGCGCGGGUGCUUGUCCAUUCAUGUAUGUGUAUGCGUGUACAGGUCACAGCUGCUUCGUCGAGGUCUGCUCAUCAUGAAGACAGUCCCGGCUUAUCAGUCCAUGGCCGAGAAGGAGGGUGGUAAUGGUGGGGGCCCUAGAUUCCAUGCCUACUUCCAUCCAGGGGAAAAGGCCAGAUAGCGUUGUUUGUUUUGGAGGGACGGCCGCCAACAAUUUCAGACAGCCUUGAGUCCGUGGCCUGUAUCUCUUCACUGGCGCCGAUCAGCCGAAUCCGCAAACUCUUUCCGCAGCGCGGAUUCCAACUUCUCCAUGAUGUUGUCGAUCGCGCGGAGUCGCUCUAAAACCGCAUCAAUAUUGCGGUUGAGCACAGUCACCGCUUAAGUCUGAGUGUGGGACAUUCGCGCCAAACCAUUCAGAAUCACCGGCAGCUUCUUCACUUCCAAUAAAGCCGAUCACGUCGGUUCAAUUUUGCGAUAGAACCGAAAGCUGCCAACACCAAACAGCAGCAUACCUGUUAUCAAAAAGGCCAAUAAUGUAGAUGUCUUCAACCUCCUCCACGGACAGUAUUGCCAGGCACACCGGUCUCCACUUUCUCAAUGGAUCUAGGGCGUAUCCGGCAGUAAAUGUCCCCGGAGGGCAAGCAGUCCCCCUGUUCUGUUAUAUAAAAUAUUUUUCUCUGCUCUUGCGUCACAACGAAAUUCACUACAACGAAAACGAGCCUUCCGCAUAAGUCGAAUCCAACCUCAGAAUGCCACAGCGACCUCUGCUGCUUCGUUUGGAAGCUGUUGAACCACCACACUGGUAUACACAUGCACAGUAGUACACAAAAUAUUUGUGAUUGUUAGUUUCAGACGCAGCACGAACGUUACAUUGCUAAAAUGGUGACGAAACGGACCUUUGCAGACCAAGGAGUUAAGAAAAGCAUUCACGCUUGAAUUACAUUGAUUGAUUGAGCGAGCUUUGCAUGUCAUGUGUGAGCCCUCCAACAAGCACCUCAACGACAGGAAUCACUCGUGUUUUGCGAUUGAUUUGGUACCCCACCCCUCGCCCGCUAAAAGUGAAAAAACGCGAAGUAGUAUUUGCCCCUCGCCCGACAGAAAUGUUCAUGUUUGUGUGUGGAUGGAUCUUUUUUUUUUUUAAAUAAGUAUGUUAUAUGUGAUAAAUAAACCAACAAAUUAGUCUCAUGACAAAAUAUUUCUCCUCAAUGCACUGAUACAAGUAUU